AUGCCUGAAAUUAAAGAAUAUCUGCCCUCGAAGUAUGAACCUCUACUGCCGGAUGCUAACUGGGCCAAACUAGCCAAGUCAAAGAGAAAUCUCCAUCGAGCAUUAUCAGUGCCUCAUCCGUCAGAUAUUGAAGACUUCUUAAUAUCUAAAACUGAUAAUUUGGUAAUAGAAAGUGGUUAUAUCGAACACUGCAAGUCUGCAAUACAGGCGCUAUACCGGUUCAGACAUCUGUCCAACCUCGAAUAUAAGUCUCAUAUCCGCGAACUGAGCAUACAGUCUGCUCUGAUAGUCUCAGAAUUGAGAGCCAUAGGUCGACAGAGGCGUGUCAUUACGCAGGAUAUGCAAGAAGUUUUACUGAGAAAUGACGACAUUAAUGCUGCCUACAUGAAUGCAAUCAUUGGUAAAGCUGCCAUCGCUCCUGGAAAGGAGCUCGAUAGAAAGUAUAUGUCUAAGCAGCUCCGCAAGUUAGCUGAUGAUUUCUAUGCCGGGAAAAGAGUCACUGCUCUGGAGACUCAGGGGUAUUGCCAUGCAUUGGGCUGGACGAUGUAUGAUGAAGUCACAGCUACCCAUUUAGUACCAGAAGGAUUAGAUGCCAACGCAAUUGCAUAUCUUUUUGGGACGACAAAUAUCAAUAUAGACGAGCCACGAAAUACACUCCUUCUGCAUAAAAAUGUCGGCAAAGCACUGAAUACUGGGUUUAUCGUGAUUGUCCCCGAUUCAGCACCGGGCGAAGAAGUUAAGUGGAAAUUGAUCGUGACAGAUACGGAUUUUCUUGACGAAACCGUCUCUCCGGGGGUUACUUGGAACGCGCUCCAUGGGCGAGAGCUUAAGUUUCUGAACGACAACCGUCCAGCCAAGCGGUAUCUCUACUUCAGAUUUAUGAUGACAUAUCUCAUGAUCAAGCGGCACGGGCAGCUAAAUUGGAUUCGAGAAAUAGAAACAGUCAGACGUCCUUGGAGCAUCCCUGGGGAAUAUCUCGAUCGCAGUAUGUUGCUCAGUCUUGCCCGGAACGUCUCUGGCUCCAUUCUUCCAAAACGCUUUUACUAUGGGAUGACCUUCAAGGCAAGUUUUAGACUAUUAUCGCCUUGGGGUGAAAUUCAUGAGGACCUCGAAAUUUGCCUAGCGGACAGCAUCUUGAUGACUCCAGAUUACCGUGAUCCAGAGACGGUCUACUGUGGCAGUGACAAUGGUAUCGACGGACAUGAUGACCGUGACGGGGAUACUGGCAGUGAUAAGGACAGCGAUGAGUCCUUCACCCUGAUCUCAUAG